UUCAGACAUUUCCAUGAAAGAAAACGAUAUCCUGGAGCAGCAGAGAGCUUACGCUACGAUGGGACAUAUGUAUCUAUCUCACUUCCUCGAAACGCAAAUGGAUCGGGAUAUAAACCUGAAUUUAGCUUUCAAGUACUUCAUGAAGAGUCUCAAAAUAGCUGAAAGACUUACAGGUAUAAACAAGCUGGAAAAAGCUGAUAUGCUGGCAAGGCUUUUCUCGAAUUUAGGUUUAGUGAAAGAAAGCUUAGGUGAUUACAGCAAAGCCUCAGAGUUGUUGAACCGUUCCAUAGCGAUUUGCAAGCAACACGACAUUUACGAACAACUGACUAGAGGCUAUACGUCCAUGGCUUCUCUCUACGACAAAAGAGGGGACUUCAACGAGACUAUACAUCAUUAUAACCUUGCCAUUGAUGCAGCAAAGAAGUUGAAAGGAAAUGUCGACCUCAUGUGUGGAGCUCUCCUGGCCAAAUCAGAGGUUCUCAUCAAACUGACAGAUUUCCAUGGUGCCAAGCAUAUAUUGUUGAAAGCCCACAAGUUGAAGACUCCAAAUGUAGAUGAACGAAAAGCUAUUGAAAGGACCCUCAGGACUGUUGCCACAAUGUGUCAUAUCGAAGAUAAACUGGUUGUGACCUGCGAAGAUGCCAAAGAGAAAAAAAAGUUGUAUGAAAAAAUGGGAGAUUGUGCUUGUGCCCUAAAAAACUUCACUAAGGCCAUAGAAUAUUACAAACUGAUGUUGAAAUAUGCAGAGAAAUGUGGUAUUGGCGGAAAAGAACUUGGGUCGUGCUAUUAUAGCCUGGCUGAAACUUACAAGGACAACAAUCAGUUUUCCGAGGCUGAGGAGUACUUCGAAAGGGAGUAUUCCCUUUGUGAAAACUUGAAGGAUAAUCUUAACACCCUGAGCAGGAUAGCUGACACGAAAGAAGCCGCGGGAGCGCCAGUAGAAGACGUAAAGAAGGUGUACGAGAGGGCGUUUAAUAAUUGCCGGAGCAGCGGAAACUUGAAAGAGGAACGCCGAAUGUUGACAAG